AUGACUGGUCAACUGGCUGUGCAUUGUCUCUUACUACACGAAUAAUUGAAACAUAUCUCGCUUUUGUUGUGGACGUUAGGCCAAUCUACAAGAGGGAAUGUACGUUAGCCAGCUAGCUAGAAAUAGCUAACAGCAGCUUCCAUUAACGUCGGCUGGUUAGGUAACGUCUGGUAACGUUAACGUUAAUGUUAACUGCAGCGGCUUACGGGCAGAGUGCAGCGAAACCCACCAAACAGACGAAACGAAAUUAUAUUAAGCUUUACAGUGUGGAACGUUUUUUGACUGUGGAUUUUGGGGGACUUAACAGUGACCUUAAUAUUCUCACUCUGAGAAUCGUAAACAUUGGACAAAACAACUCAUCACCACGGUAAAGCUAGCCUGGUCAUCUCCAGCUGUCCCGGUUGACAAAAAGGCCAACGCUGACCAGAAGUGCAUUGGAUGGAAUUGGUGUGCUUCCUCUCAUCAAAAUAGAGGUCCUGUAAGAUCCCUAGCAACAUCCUUUCUUCACCAUGGAUGCCUAUGCUAGGAUCAAAGGGAUUCCAUUGAAAAGUCGUGCCACCAUCAGGAAAGAGAAUAUGCGUGAAAAUGCAGCUGUGUGUAUGAAAACGCUGCUGAAGAACAGGAGGGAGCUUUGCAGCGUGUUGUUGGAACUUCAGAACAUCAGAAGCACACAGUAUCUGUCAGAGAUCCACUUUGUGUGUUUGCCUGGUCACACAGAAGGGGAUGAUUUAACAACAAGGGUCCUACCAUGUGGCCCCACUGAUGUGGCUGAGUUGCUUAGAUCACUACAUGUACAUAGCCUCAAAAACGAAGAGGUGUUGCUUCUUAAAGACUCCAAGAAGCUCCUUGAACGGAAAGACAGUCUUUCACAGACUGGCUUGUCCAAAGCCAUCUGUAUAUUUAGGCACAGUCAUGCUUCACAGAUCAACGUCACCACCCUCCUGGGGCUGCUCACCCGAUACACAGCAGGAAUCAGGUAUGCCUUGGAGCUGCAGUCCCUGCAGAGGGGGAUGUCAGAGUCGGGUCAGGCAGAAGAUGAUGACACCAAUCAUUCUGUUUCAUCCAUUGAGGAAGACUUUGUCACUGCCUUUGAGCACCUAGAAGAAGAGGAAAAUGGAGAUUGUUCAUUCUCGGCUUCCUACAAUCAGGGAAAUCAGCGUGAUGUUGCCUCCCAGACAGUCUCCAGAUACUGCAAAGACAUGGCUGGCUCUCACAUCAUUGUAGGCACUUCUUCCAAGAAGAGCUCAAGAAAGCAGAAGUACACCACUGAGGGACCUAUCUCUGUCCAGUUGGGUUCCACUUCUACGUGUUUUUCAAGAAUUGAGAGUCCGUAUAGUUUGCCUUUGUCAGACAUUCCCCCUAAAGACCAAGACAUCUCUCACUCCCUGACAGAGUCAGAUGAGUCAGACUGCUCUAGCCCCAGUCCCAUAAUUUUCUUAGAUGAAGUGGACUAUCAGAGGAGUCUUAAGGCAAAACUUGAAAUACCCAAUAUCCCUGUCCUCAAGGAUGGUGUAGAGGACUCUGACUCGGAGGUCAGUGAAUUUUUUGAUAGUUUUGAUCAAUUUGAGGACUUGGACCUAAUACUCCAAUCAUCCAUCAAGGUGCCAAAAGGUCAAAACACCUCUGGCCAAUCACAGACAAAGACGUUAUCUGAAGAAACUGACUCUAAAUAUGUCUCCAGGGGUCAUUCAACUAUGAAUCCUCAUAAAUUUGACCACUCCGUUCUCCCAGACAAUAUUAGGAAACCAACUCCACUGAGGCCAGGUUCUCCAUAUGGUGUUCACUCAGAUGUUUCAGAUUCUCCCCGACUAGUAAGGAAAUCCUGUGACGAGAGUGGAUCACUGUUCAGUCCAAUCUGUUCAUCUGCUUUCAGCCCUCUGGGAGAAGGGGGUACCCUAGAGUAUUUCUGGAAAUUAGAUGGAGACAUUUCAGAGUUACGCAAACCUCAUGAUCUCUGUUCCUUGUAUAAGACCUAUUCUGAUUUUGCAAGUAGCCUGUCCAAGGAAAUUCUUGGAUCUGUUUGUGGCUACUCAUCCCCUGUUGAUAUCAACAUGAAUAAGAACCUGAGUUGUGUUUGUCACAAAGAAUUUAAAAGCAUCAGUGGACAUCUCAUGAAGUUGGCUGACAUUCAAGAAACAGUAACAGUUUCCCAGUCACAGAAGAAAUAUCAGUCUCUCAAAGAUGGAAUUCAGAGAUUUGCCACAGAUCUAGUUGAAAUUAGUCUUGGUAGUGCCUUCAGAGAUAUCCAGAAAGGAGUGUCAUCCUGUACUACUACCCUUUGCCAUUUAGCUGCCAGGCUGACCUCUUCAGUGUUUCAAAUGGCCUUUCAUGAGAUAGGUAUGCGUCGUGCAUAUGUGUUAAAAGAACGUGCCAUAAAUGGAUUGGCUAGCUUCCUUGUUGGAGAGGCGGUUUCUGGGGCACUUGGAGAAUUCUUGUCUUUGAAAAGUCAAAUUUUUAGCAACACUGUUACAAAAUUUGCUGCAGAUUUGGCUGAAGAGUUAGUCUUUGAAGGUAUCAUGGAGGUUUGUCAGUUUUCACACGCCUCUUCACCACUGACUCCAAAAGUUUACUCUUUUGAACACGAAGAGGAAGUUGUUUCUUCAUAUGCCACAGAUCUAUCGGAAUCUGUUCUUCAGGAGGCAUUUAUAGAAUUGUCACAAGCUGACAUGGCAUUUACAACCCAAGCAGCCAUCAGUGUGUCUGUAGACAACAUUUGUCAUGUCAGUUCUGAAAUUAAGUCCAAAACAGCCUGUUAUACAGCCAGUUGUAAUCCUGCACUAAGAGGCAGCCUUCAACCAUAUGAUCCAGUGCAGGAUGAUUGCAUGAUGCAGAAAGCUCUUUUUUGUGUGUCUGGUAUGGCUAGCUGUGUCUCGGUCCCUGUGGCUGGAAAAGCUAUUUCUCAUUUACAGAGUCUAGAGGAGACUGCUGAUAGCAAUGCUGGCUUUCAAAGAGAGUCUAUGGCAGUUCCACUAGAUGACAGUAUUUCAGGAAGAGCCUCUUUCAGUAAUUUGUCUGGUACCAUGGUGGACAAGAUAGUGAGUGAAGCAUUUGACCUAAUGACAUCCCCUAAAGUCAAGAAAAAGGUAGAAGACUGUGCUGACUUUCUGAGUAAAUCAAUGGGAAGUCACCUGUCAUCAGGUCAAGGAGAGAAUCAGACUUUAAAUUCAAAGUUGCAUGAUGCAUCUAUCCAGAGUUCUGAAUGCAACCUUUUGACUCUGUCUGUCUCAAAGACUGAAAGUAAAGAAACAUCUGAUCUCUUGACGAAGCAUCAUUCCCCAGUCAGUCAGGAAGCCUCAGAAAUUGAUGGUGUUUUGACUAAGGACACUCUGGAUGUACCAACCUUCGAGAUAUCCACUGGAGGCGAAAAGGUCAGUGUAGAGGAAAUAACCCAUGCUCCUGACCAGAAAUGUGGUGCAGACACAGGAGCACCCUCUAAUCCACAGCAACCUUUAGAAAAUUACAAUGAAAGAAAAAGUAAGCACUUUUCAAAGAGGUUCAAAGGCAAAUUCACCAAGGAAUAUUCCCCUUUAACACCCCCUUCAACGUCACAUUACUCACCAUCUGGUCAGAAAAAAGGAAGUUCUGACUUUCAUAUGGCAGACUUCAUGUCUACGAGAUCUUUGUCUGAGGGGGCAUGCCACAAUGAGAUGGAGGAAGAUGUUCUGGAGGAAGGAUAUAAUUCAGGUAUAGUUAACAGAGCUGAAACAGAACAUGAUGUCAGUUUUGACGACAAAAUGAUGGAGAAUGGAGCUCUCCUCUAUGCAGGACGAUUAGCAUACCACAUAGUCUCUAUGGCAACUGAAAUGGAUUCGAUGGGCCUUGAUGUGCUAUAUAACAGGGACACUGAAAGAAAAGAUGUUGUCUCACAUAGUGCAAAGUUUUCAGAGCAGACCCUAAACGUUUUAUGGAUGUAUGCUGGUGAAAUUGCUGGAGAGGUUAUGAGUGAUGUGAAGAAAAUGAUGAUUACAAACCAUAGUCACCACAAAGGUAUUCAAAGGGACACAUCAAGAUUAUCACAGAGUCAUGAAUCUGAUUGCAAAACUGUAAAGUUGAGUGAUCUAGGUGAUCAGUGGUUCAGUGACUGUCUACCAUCAGUUCUCAAUGCCCCUAGCAGUAGUACCAGUCGGAUGACAACUGAGUACCCAAGCUGUGAGAGUGCCUCAGACGAGUAUGCAGGGUACCUAAUUAAAGUUUUGAAGAAAGAAGGUGGAAGCAGAGAACUUAUCUUGGAUCAUUAUGCCAGUCAGCUGGCAUAUAGAUCGAUAAAGGCUGGACUUACUCAUGCAGCUCACAAAUUAAAGCCUAAGUCUCCCUCAAGACUUUAUUCCUUAAGGCAUUUGCACUGCAGUAGCAGCCACAAUGUUUGUAGAAUGUCAGCUUCUCAAACAAUCCCCGCUAGAGGCGUUGUUGGUAAAGCAUGUUCCCUUAGUGGUGCUGCACAGCCUUUAUGUCAUGAAGGGCAAGACAAUAAGAAUGAGUAUAUGGAAUAUGUACAUUUUGCUGAGUCCUUGGCAUACAGUAUUACCUGUGACGUUACAAGGAAGCUUAGAGUGUCCUCAGUGCGUUUGCCAAAAUCACUGACUGAUUCCUGUCUGUAUAAAAAAACUAAGCUUGAGGACAUGGCAGAGAAUUUCAUGAAAAGCACGUUUUCUUGUUCUAUAUUGCCUAACGCAGAAAAAAAGCGACAGUAUCAUAGCACUGGGAACUUAAAUGAUGGCUCUUACAACAGUGGCAUAAUGCAAGUGAUUGAGCACUAUGCCCAAAAAAUAGUAGAUGACACUUUGGAAAUGACCUUGGGAACUGUCGCCCAAAAGGCAGCAGGAGGGAAAACUCUUGAAAAACUCCCAUGUUCCAAAAGACGAUGGGAUGCUAAGGCCAGGGCCACAUCAACGUUUCAAGUGUGCCACUACUGUCAAGUUAGUGAUUGUUUGUGUUAUGGCAAGUCUGUUCGACAUCACUAUCAUGGUUUGCAGAAAAGGGGGGGACAGUGUCCUGAUGCAGCAAGUGGACAUGACAUUCCCAAGAUUCAUAUUCAUUUGGAUAAGAGGGCAAUGUUUGCAGAAGAAAUGGUGUCAACAGCAAUUGCGAAAGCAAAGAAAGAACUGAGCAGUGCUAGCCUGAAUGCAGACAGUGGGAUUGGUCAUGAUGGAGCAAGCUUUGCGGAAAGCCUCACCACAGAGAUUAUGACGUCAGCAUUGUCCAAUGUCUGCCAAACCAUCAAUUUGAGCAUGUCAGGGAAAGAAGGUAUCAAUACAAUAGAAUCCACUAUAAGCCAGCAGCUGAGCUUGAGUGUUGGAGAUGACAGUCUUGGCAGUUGGUCUAACUUGAGUUUUGAGGAUGACCAUCCAGAUGAGAGCAGCAGUUUCUUCCAUUUGAGUGACAGUAGUAAUGGGAACAGCAGUAGCUGGAGCAGCCUGGGUUUAGAGGGAGAGGUUUAUGAAGAGCAUUUGUCCUUUUCCCCGUCUGACAGUGAUUACACUGAAGAGAAAGAAUUGGAGGCCAAGGAGGAAACAAAUGGCACAUCACGUGCAGAAAGGGUCCAUGCACAGGGAGAGCGGGCACUGUUAGUGAUCAACACAGAACUAAGGGAGCCUGGCCUUGACCCCCAGCUGAGGACCUUGCUCCAGUGGAUUGCAGCCUCCAUUGCUGAGCAGCCUGUUCUCCAGCUGGGCCAUCAGAACAGCAGGGAGCUCCAACAGCUUCCAGAGGUCAUGCAGAAGGUGAGGGAGAGGCAGUGGCGAAUCGGUGAGCUGCUCCAAGCCCUGUUGAGGUAUUAUGAGGAAUCACAGCUUGAAGACAACAGAAUGCAUGGUUACAAGUCUCUCUUCCAGUGGCUUCUAGAGCAUGUCUAACUUUCACCCACACAUGCCUUGCCUCGUAUGUUUGUGCAGAGCUGUGAGUCAGCCUUAGUGAACUCCAGCCUGAGGAGUUACCAUGCAGAAUUCCAGUGUUUUGCUGUGAUAUACAGCAUGCUUGCUGAAACUACUGGCCCCCUGUAGGAAGCCUUCUCUUGAGCGUUACACCCCCCUAACCACCAGGGUGUGUCAUAGAAAUGGCUAUUAAAAUUGCUCAGUGUGUGAGUUUGAGUUUCACCAUGGACUGAAAGUAUUUUUUCCAUUCUUUUGCGUUCGCUAAUAGAUUCCAUGUCACAAUAAUAUACUUUUGUUCAUGUUGUCAAACAGCCAUAUCCUGUCAAUGAACACCAAGUGGUGUUUUCUGUCAAGGAAACCCCACAGCUUGGGGCAAAAUGAAGUCACAGCCAUACCUUUUCUCCGUGGUGAUGUUUCCAUUUAGUAAGGAACUAUGUAAACAAACUCCUUUUUUCUCCUCAUGAAAGGUGUUGUCUGGUAAAACAGAAUAAAGAGUUUAAAAAAAUCACCACACUCACAAUUAUUCUAUUAUUGUAUUGAGAACAUGUUUUUGUGCCUUUCACAACCCUGAAAUACCCUACAGAGGAUCACAUGUGUUUGUUUCCAGUUCCAAUGACACCAUACUGUAGGAUAAUGGCAUGUAUUAAUUUGUUCCCAUUGGGAUUAUUUGAUUUUAGCAUUGAUUGGAUUGAUUGACGCACAGUACAACACACAGAAGCAUAUAAUGUAUUAGGUAUAACCCCAUGGGAAGAUAGAGAUGUUAAGUCUUCUUUUCUGUCAGUAUUACAUGAAAAAUAUGUUUGUUUGCUUAAUACAUUUUAUAAGCCCCUGUUUAGAAUCCCAUUGGAAGGUACAGUGGUGUUAAAAAGUUUGUGAACCCCUCCUUCCAAUUACUGCCCCUUCCGAUAAAUGGUAAAUGGUUGUGCUUCAUAACGGCUGACUUUUCUUCACUCUAAAGUCACUCUUGCAUAAGUUGGUUUAUUUAUUAUUUGCGCAACAAAUUAAUAAUUAUUUACUAAUUAUUAUUGUAAAUAGGCAUUCUAACAGAUUUUCUUUGUCAUUUUAUAAGGUUUUUAAUUUUUAUAAUAUCUGGUAACUUUUUAGGUGAUAUGCUCAGAUUUUCAAAAAUCUAUGGGGUUCACAAAUUUUCUAGCACCACUGCAUAUGACCUCCUAUAAGGGAAGUGUGUGCUUUUUAUUAUUUCUUAUGCACUUUGCUUUCGAUAGAUAUAUUUGUUUUUAAUGUCCAUGUAUUGCAAUACUUUGUUCUGCACAUGAAGAAGAAAACUAUGACAUAAUUAUGAAUGGCUUUGAGUAGAAAAAACAAACGCACACCAUAUGCCAAUGAUUUAAUAAAAAAAAACACUCAUAAAAACACUCAUAAUUAUGAAUGGCACCUCUAUAUUGCUUCAAUUGUGGAAAUGUACUUCCAGAUGCACUGUGGUACGUAUGUGUAUCACAAGUAAUCACCUCCCUCCCUCUCAAAUCUUCUCAGUAUAUCCCAUCCUGUUUACAGUUUUCUACUGGUCCAUACUAAAUCACCUAAUUGUACAGUGUACUUUUAAAAAAAAUGUAUGUUUUAUGGUUAAGGUCAGUAUUGUAUAACAAUAUAUUCAAAAGUUAGUCUGGGCUAUAAAAAGAUGUCACUCACAUAAACAUGCAACCUUUACACCAUUUGAAAUAUGUUAGCAAACCCACACAAGCAACUGCCACAUUUCAAAUCUAAGAUGUGUAUAUAAUUUUUGGCAAAUCAUUUUUGCCUAUAUACUGACUUUGCUGCCUUCUUCAAGUGAUGCAGCUUUGCUUUGUGCCAUAAUUUGAGUGGUGUUCUGUAGUGGCUUCCAUUUAGCUGUGCUCACUCUUGCACCCCCACCUGCAUGGCAUUAGGGUCUCUAGUGAGCCAUCACUCUUAACUGCUGUUACAGGGACAUCCACUUGUCAUUGUUGGUCUCAUCUGUUUCAGUACAGCAUGACCAAUAAGUGUCAAUGUUUCUGUUAUUUGUGUUUUUGUUGAUCUAUAUGCUGCAAAAUCUGGGAGCCUUCAGAAAUUAUUGAAAUCUAAAAAUUAAUACCUGUAUGAAAUGAUCUUAUGAAAGAGAAGAUAUGUGUAGUUCCACAGUAUGGUGAGCAAACUGUGUAUGGAGCAAGAGAUCUUUCUUGCAAACCCAUACUACUGCCUCCCCCAUGAGGUGAUACUGAAUGAGUGCUUGUCCCUAUACGCAUGUGUAUAAAUAAGGCCAGGUGUUCAGCCUAUAAUAUAUUGCUUUAAUACUUUGCUUUGUGUACAUUCCUAUCCUUCACUGAGUUUUUACUGCAAUGUUGUGUUAUUUAAAAGCAGAAUGUCUAUGCUAGAUGCAGCUUAACAAUAUAAAAAGUAAAUACUUUGUUAUUUGUGGUGUUGCUCUCAUCCUAAUAUACCAGGCAAAUACGUAUUCACUGACUUCUAUUUUUCCUGUGUAUUUGUAUAAUCUUGACAAAUAAAUAUAAAUUAUUCAAUGUA